GGUGUUUGGAUGGCGCGCCUCCUGCUUUUCACUCCUAUUGUGAUGCUCCGGCUCACACACACACACACACACACACACCCGCUCACUCACUUUAACCAGCGCCAACAGCCAAAGAAACUAAUGCUGUCCUCUUUACCAGCGUCUGAGUUUUUGAAAUUAUGUCUCGAUGCGACUUAGUAACCCCGCUGGAGUUCGGAAAGUGGGAGAAGUGAAAAGGGAAAGUUGGGAAGUGAUCGGUGAAGUUUUUCGCUGUUCCCGUGCAGGAGCGCAUCGAGCCGUAAUGGCGAGUCGUGCGCGGACAGGAUCUCGAUUCUCUCUCGCGGCGUGGAGCACACACUCCCGAUCACACUGGAAUAACCUGGAGAUUUCAAAGUGGAGCCUAUUAGCCCUGUUGCUGGUUGUUUGUGUUGGAUUUUGUGGUGCGGAUAGUGAGUUCUCGAUCCUGGAAGAGGCUCAGAUUUUGGCAGUCCAGAUGAAGAAGCUGUCUACUCAGGAGCUGGGUGUUCUCACCAUGCAGAGAAUCUACAACUCCUUUGUGUACACGGAGAAGACUUCAAAUGGUGAAACAGAGGUGCAGCAGCUAGCAAAAAAGAUCCGUGAGAAGUUUAACCGGUACCUGGAUGUGGUAAACAGGAACAAACAGGUGGUGGAAGCCUCUUACACGGCACAUCUCACCUCCCCUCUCACAGCCAUCCAGGACUGCUGCACCAUCCCCCCUUCCAUGAUGGAGUUUGACGGUCAUUUUAAUGCCAAUGUUUCGAAGACCAUCAGCUGUGAUCGCCUCUCCCCUACCGUCAAUAGCCGAGCUUUCAACCCAGGACGAGACCUCAACUCUGUGUUGGCAGACAACCUCAAGUCCAAUCCAGGGAUCAAGUGGCAGUACUUCAGCUCAGAGGAGGGCAUUUUCACUGUGUUUCCUGCUCACAAGUUUCACUGCAAGGGCACAUUCGAGCACAGGAGCAGGCCUGUGUAUGUUUCAGCAGUAAGGCCGCAGUCGAAACAUAUUGUAGUGAUCAUAGACCAUGGUGCCUCCGUCACUGAGACCCAACUCCAGAUCGCCCGCGACGCUGCGCUAAUCAUCCUCAACUCCAUUGAUGAACAUGAUAAAAUCUCAGUGUUGACCAUAGCAGAUACUGUUCGUUCCUGCUCUCUGGAUCAGUGCUACAAGAGCUUCCUCUCUCCCGCUACCAGCGAGACUAAGAGGAAGAUGAGCACCUUCAUCAACAACAUUAAAGCAUCUGACAGCUCUACCCAGCAUGCACUUGGCUUCCAGAAAGCCUUUCAGUUGUUGAGGAACACAAGCAAUGUCAUUAGACAACCGACUAACACGGACAUGGUGAUAAUCUACCUGUCAUCAGGCAUCACCUCCAGAGACUCAUCUGAGCACGAAAAGAGAGCGACCCUGAGCGUGGUCAAAGAGGAGAACCGUCACCUCAACAACUCUGUCAUGAUCCUCACCUACGCUCUCAUGAACGAAGGAGUAACGGGACUCAAGGAGCUGGCGUUCUUGCGAGACCUGGCCGAGCAGAACUCUGUUAAGUAUGGCGUCCCGGAUCGUUCUGCCCUGCCCGUCGUCAAGGGAAGUAUGAUGGUUUUGAACCAGCUCAGUAACCUGGAGACCACUGUGGGCCGCUUCUACAUCAACCUCCCCAAUCGAAUGAUCGACGUGGCCUCCUUCAGCUUGCCUUAUGCAGACCAGAUGGGAGACGGUUUCAUCAUGACCGUCAGCCGGCCAUGCUACUUUGGGAACUUGUUGCUGGGUGUAGUUGGAGUGGAUGUGAAUCUGGCAUAUAUACUGGAGGAUGUGACCUACUACCAGGAUUCCCUGGCCUCAUAUACAUUCCUCAUAGACAAUAAAGGCUACACCCUCAUGCAUCCGUCACUCACCCGUCCAUACCUGAUGACUGAAGCUCCUCUCCAUACAGACAUCAUCCACUAUGAGAACAUCCCAGGGUUUGCUGCCGUGCGUCAAAACAUCCUCAGUCUGCCUCUGGGGAGCCAGGUCAUUGCUGUGCCUGUCAACUCCUCUCUGUCUUGGCACAUGAACCGCCUACGUGAUCCCAAUCGAGAUGCCUACAAUGUCAGCUACGCUUGGAAAUUGGUUCAGGACACUUCAUUUAUCUUGUGUAUAGUUUACGUUCAGCCAGAGAUCCCGGUGAAGCAACUGAAAAAUCUGAACACAGCUCCUAGCAGCAAACUUCUGUACCACCGCCUGGAUCUGCUGGGGCAGCCCAGCUCCUGCCUCCACUUUAAACAGCUCGCUACAGUCGAGAGUCCCACAGUGAUGUUGUCUGCUGGUAGUUUCUCCUCUCCAUAUGAGCACUUGAGUCAGCCAGAGACCAAGCGCAUGGUGGAGCACUACACAGCUUACCUGAGUGACAACACCCGGCUCAUAGCCAACCCAGGCCUGAAGUCUUCUGUGAGAAAUGAGGUGAUGGCCACCAGUCACGUGACAGAUGAAUGGAUGAGUCUUAUGGAGAUGAGCAGCCUCAACUGCUACAUUGUGAGGCGUUACAUAGCAACGCCCAAUGGGGUGCUGCGGAUUUACCCCGGUUCUCUCAUGGACAAAGCCUUCGAUCCCACCAGGAGACGAUGGUACCUACAUGCUGUAGCCAAUCCCGGUCUCAUCACUUUUACUGGACCCUACCUGGAUGUUGGUGGGGCGGGUUAUGUGGUCACCAUCAGCCACACUAUCCACGCCUCUAGUUCACAAAAGGCCUCCGGUUACACAGUAGCGGUUAUGGGCAUUGACUUCACUCUGCGCUACUUCUACAAAGUUCUGUUGGAUCUACUGCCCAUCUGCAACCAGGACAAGGGCAACAAAAUCCGGUGUUUUAUUAUGGAGGACAGAGGCUAUCUGGUGGCCCAUCCGACUCUGAUUGACCCGAAGGGCCACGCUCCAGCAGAACAACAACAUAUUACUCAUAAGGAGCCUCUAGUGGCCAAUGACAUUCUCAACCAUCCCAACUUUGUGAAGAAGAACCUGUGCAAUAGCUUCAGUGAUCGUACUGUGCAGCGCUUCUACAAGUUCAACACCAGCAUUGUGGGUGAUCUGACAAACCUUGUGCAUGGCAGUCACUGCUCAAAGUACCGGCUCACUCGUAUCCCAGGAACCAAUGCGUUUGCUGGGAUUGUGAAUGAGACCUGUGAUUCACUGGCCUUCUGUGCUUGCAGUACUGUGGAUCGUCUCUGUCUUAACUGCCACAGAAUGGAGCAGAAUGAGUGUGAGUGCCCCUGUGAAUGCCCUCUAGAGGUGAAUGAAUGCACUGGUAACCUCACCAACGCCGAGAACAGAAACCCGAGCUGCGACGUGCACCAGGAGCCUUUGUCUUUGACUGUAAUUGAGCCCAGUCUACAGGACACUCUGCCUCAGUGUAUCAACACCAGAUGCAGCCAGCGCUUCACCAGCAGUGACUGUUUUGGUGUUCUGGACUGUGAGUGGUGUAUGGUGGACAGUGACGGAAAGACCCAUUUGGAUAAGCCUUACUGUGCCCUACAGAAGGAAUGUUUUGGAGGGAUAGUAGGUGCCAAGAGUCCCUAUGUGGAUGGACUGGGCAUUUUAGAUGAGGAGUUGGCUUCGCUGAACAUGAUCAAGAGUGCGCCUGUGGGGCCAGUGGCAGGAGGGAUUAUGGGAUGCAUCAUGGUACUGGUGUUGGCUGUGUAUGCAUACAGGCACCAGAUCCACCGUCGCAGCCAUCAGCACAUGUCCCCGCUGGCUGCCCAGGAGAUGUCCGUCAGGAUGUCCAACCUGGACAACGAGCGAGAUGACAGAGAUGAAGACAGUCAUGAAGACAGAGGAAUAAUUAGUAACACUCGAUUCAUUGCCGCUGUUAUUGAGAGGCACACACACAGCCCAGAACGACGACGGAGGUACUGGGGGAGGUCAGGGACUGAAAGUGACCAUGGUUACAGCACCAUGAGCCCUCAGGAGGACAGCGAGAACCCGCCCUGCAACAAUGAUCCUCUCUCUGCGGGCGUUGAUGUGGGCAAUCACGACGAGGACCUAGACCUGGACACACCUCCACAGACAGCUGCUCUUCUCAGCCACAAGUUCCACCCCUAUCGGCACCCGCACACACACCACCCCCUGCACUUGCACACGCAUCAUCUCCAGGCUGCCGUCACCGUGCACAGCGUGGAUGCCGAGUGCUGAUCCUGUCCACCUGUGACCCCAAACCAACCACCAACCCUGACUUUGAUGCCACUUCUAGCUUCAGCCACCACCUCCAUUCAGGCCCUGCAAAACCAAGGAGAGAACCUUGUUGAGAAUGGGAGCGGACUUUUGACCUCUGUAGAGGUCAAUAAGGAGUGCAUUUGGCAGGUGUAUACAAUACAAAGCUCCUUAUGGUCCCCCCCCCCCCCCCCCAAGAAACAAUGAAGUUAAAAGGAUUAUUUUUCUACUAUUUAUUUAAGAGGAGUGGAGAUGGAGGUAAUGAUUGGGGAAAAAAUGAAAUUGAUUGACAGACUGAAUUUGUCAGCUUUCUAUUAGGCCUAUGGAUCCCAUUUUAGGAUUUCUCCUCAUCUAGACUGCAAAGCAGCUUUGAAGGAUACGAUUCAUGGCACAUUUGAGUCAUCUGCAUGUCAUGAGAAUUUCUUAUGGGGAGAGUGAACAAAACAUUUCAUGGAACGAUAGACACAAAUGCCUGCGCUGCACAUCAAGGAGACGAGACAAUGUGGCGUAUUCUGAGGAGCUGUCACUCACCUUUUUUUUUGACUGUGAGAUGAUGGUGAAUCUCAAGACUUUGUUCAAUGUCACCAAGGUGUUCUGGGCCACAAACCCAGUGCAGGAUAUUUGAAAUAUUUUAAAGAUGACUGGGAGAGAGACUAUGCUCAGUUCUGCCACUGUGUGUGUAUAAGCUCUCAUUGUAUUUUUGUCAGCCCGAUUAUUUUACAUUUGGGGUACGAGAGAGAGAGAGAAACAGAGUGUGCAUGUGUUGGUGCUUGUGUGUGUAAUUGUGUGUGAAUGUGGUGGAUGUGUGAUGCCGCAGAUGGGUCUUCUCCAAUAAUGUUGUCAAUUUUUUUAAAGUCAUUAGUAAGUAUUGAUGGAAUGCCAUGAUAUUUUUCAGAUCUUUCUAAACCCAUGUGCACUUUUAAACAACUGCUUGUCUACUGAUAUGUAGACAUUGUGCUCCUAUGAUUUUAGAGGGAUUGUGUCUAUUGUUUAAAGAAUGAAAUGAUAUACCAUGUAUAUACAUCUAAAGUUUAACAAAGUAGCUAUAAAUGUGUCAUACACUACAACCCUUU